AAUGCAGAAUAGCGCGGGAAGGGAAAUCCAAUUUGCUAAUGCGAAAGGUCAGUGACUGCAGAUUGAGUGUGACAGGGAACAAGACUUGGAAACAAAGAAUUGUCAGAAAUUGCGGCCCGUUUUGCAGAAUUUUCCACCACCACAUUUAAGCGGGAAUUAAUUGCCGAUUUGGUGAUUUUCAAUUAUGGACGUGGGGUCGAUUCUUGAUAUUCCUGUUCGGCGUCCCAAUUUCAGGAAGAGGGUGAAUACUUGCAGGACUGACAGAGAGAGGUUCAAAGCGAUUGAACUACUGAAGGCGAAAAACCUUGAAUGCAUGAGAAAAAUCGGCAGUCGAGGUAACGGCGUACAACCCUUCCAUUGCGUAUCAAAGGGUACAGCCAAAAUUGCUGACAUUUUUUGCAACAAGAUUGGUUUGCCUUUGGAGACGAAAAUGUUAACCCUGGAGAUUUAUGAGAGAUUCAUUGUUGGCCUGCUCAACAAAAUUUUGGAGAGCCGCAAAUCGCGCCAAUACGACGUGUGUUCUUCGGAUAUUGGUGGAUUAAAAACUAUCUUCCAAAAUGAGUGCAACACCAUGCCCCUGUACUUUAUUGCCUGCAUUCAGGUUGCGGCAAAAUUCGACAAUCGAGAUUUGCCGCUUCUCAGUCCUACAGAAACAGUGUCUUACCUGUCCAAGAGAACUUCCUGCAACACCACAGAACUAGACCUGAUGACUGCUGAAAUGAAGGUCAUUUCCUGCAUGGACUAUGAGCUGAAUUUCGUGACCAGAUACGAGGCUGUGGAGGAUCUGAUCGCCACCAGGAAAAACGAGCAGUUUAUCCUGCUCUCCGACGAGAUCUUUGCCAAGUCGGUCGAGGUUUUGGACAUGCUCUACCGCAACCACCGCAAAAUCUUCGACGACUUCUUGCUCCACAUGGGACUGAACGUCACAAAAUCAGAAAAGGUUUUCAACAAAGAGCUGCAGCAAGCCGAAUACGACGCAGUGUGGAUCGCCGGGGCGACAAUCGUGGCUGCGACGCGACUCACCAGGCACAAGAAAUUCGAGGAGGCCGACUUCGAAAAGCUGAGCCAGAUCAUUUUGUUCGAAUUGGCAGAUGACUUGAGCGACAUUCGCUCGGAGAGAGAGCUGCGAACCCUUUCGUACGUUCUCUUCCACGCUUUCGCAGAACUUGAAAUGUGAUACUCAAUGUGAUGCAUACAAAUCUAGUUUAAAUGUCAUUAAGUCUCGUGUGACUAGAGACCGACUUGUGGGAAACAAAAUGAACGGUUAAAGGAUUAACCAAUAUAAUUGCUUUUAUUGGCGGGACACGCCAAAACUGCUGAAGUCAAUUGCGAUUUUGUUUUAAUUUCCAUUUUAAAAUGAACUCUCGGACAUUGGAGAAUUUUAUUAACUUACAUAACUUCUAUUCGUGUGAAUCUUGAGUCUUGAGGUGAUUGAAUUUAAAUAAAAUUCCCACUGAGUUGAUGGAUGUAAAAACUUUAUUUAGGUUGGCAUUAAUAAAAUGUUGGCUUUGCAAAAAUAUCAGC